AGGAGCACACCGCAGAGCCAUUCAAGCUUAAACCUGGAGGGCAGUGGCAGUAGCAAAAGGAAAGGCUGUUCGGACCAUCAGCAUCCCAGCCACUAGACCUUUUUUUUUAUUUUGAGUCUGUGUGUGUGUGUGUGUGUGUGUGUGUGUGUGUGUGUGUGUCUGUGCGCGAGUGUGCACGCACGCGUGUGUGUGUGAGUGUGUGUGGGUGUGUACGUGUGUCGUGUGCACACACGCGCCUGUGUGCAAGACUUUAUGUACAUCGGAAACCAAUUGAAGACAGAGGCGAAAAAAAGACCUUAACAACUGUGCUGCUCUUGUACAUAUCUUUCUCCCCCGCCCCCCCACUUCAAAAGAAGAUUCAAAGCCACACCGGACUUAAAGAAAUCGUCGCUCCGCACGUUGAGAAUGGUCACUCAGAUAAUCAGCACUAUGGAAACUCAGGUGGCAAAUGGUCCUACAAGCAACAGCACAUCCAAUGGCCCAUCCCUCAACAGCACAAACUGCUCCAUACCAAUGAUGGCCGGGCCCUCCGACGACAGCAAGACCAAUCUCAUCGUCAACUAUCUACCACAGAACAUGACGCAGGAAGAGUUCAAGAGCCUCUUCGGCAGCAUCGGGGAAAUCGAAUCCUGCAAGCUCGUCCGCGAUAAGAUCACAGGCCAGAGCUUAGGAUAUGGUUUUGUAAACUACGUGGACCCCAACGAUGCAGACAAAGCUAUUAACACCUUAAACGGACUCAAGCUGCAAACUAAAACUAUUAAGGUCUCAUAUGCCCGGCCCAGCUCUGCCUCCAUUCGAGAUGCCAAUCUCUACGUCAGUGGGCUUCCCAAGACCAUGAGCCAGAAAGAGAUGGAGCAACUCUUUUCACAAUAUGGCAGAAUCAUCACCUCACGCAUCCUCGUCGACCAAGUUACAGGUGUCUCUCGAGGGGUUGGCUUCAUUCGAUUUGACAAGAGGAUAGAGGCAGAGGAAGCAAUCAAGGGGCUGAAUGGACAGAAACCCCUAGGGGCAACUGAGCCUAUCACAGUGAAAUUCGCAAACAACCCCAGUCAAAAGACUGGCCAGGCGCUGCUCUCUCAGCUGUACCAGUCCACGAGCCGGAGGUACCCCGGACCCCUGCAUCACCAGGCACAGCGUUUCAGGCUGGACAAUUUACUUAACAUGGCCUACGGCGUAAAGAGCCCUCUCUCUCUGUCCACCAGGUUCUCUCCGAUCACCAUCGAGGGCAUGACGAGCCUCGCUGGCGUCAACCUCUCGGGCCCAGCGGGCACCGGCUGGUGCAUCUUUGUGUACAACCUCUCCCCGGAGGCGGACGAGAGUGUCCUGUGGCAGCUGUUCGGGCCCUUCGGAGCGGUCACCAACGUCAAGGUCAUCCGCGACUUCAACACCAACAAGUGCAAAGGCUUUGGCUUCGUCACCAUGACCAACUACGAUGAGGCAGCAAUGGCCAUCGCCAGCCUGAACGGCUAUCGCCUGGGUGACCGGGUGCUACAGGUGUCCUUCAAGACCAGCAAGACCCACAAAUCGUGAAGGCAGAGUGAGAGAAAGAGAGAGAGAGAGAGAUAGAGAGAGAGAGAGAGUGUGUAAGAGAGAGAGAGAGAGAGAGAGAAAGAGAAAAUAAAACACAGGAACACCCUCCGCAACAGAAACAACUACAAACAAACACGCACACACACACACUCACACACACACACACACACUCACACACAGAGACACACACAUGCACACACAGACACACACUCACAGAGAGACACACACACACACACACACACACACACACUCACACACACACACACACACUCACACACAGAGACACACACAUGCACACACAGACACACACUCACAGAGAGACACACACACACACACACACACACACACAGAGACACACAAACACACUCACACACACACAGACACACACACACACACACACACACAC